GAGCACGAGCCGCCGAGAGGAGCGUGAGAGGCGAAUACAGUCCGAGGAUCAGCCCGGGGAGACAGAAACACGGAGCCGGAGAGGAGAGCUGUGUGCGCGGCUGCAAAGGAGCACGGAGCCGCGGUGAGAGAAGAGACAGGAGACACUCACCGGGACCUCCUCCGGGUCCUCCGCCAGGAGCCGCUCCGAGGAUCUGAGGAAAAAACAGCAGAGAACAUUUCACCUCCUCAAUCGAGUCCAAAACUUUGCUUCUCUCUGCAAGAUGAGGAGCACCUCUGCACCUUAUCAAACCAACCUCACCUGAGGAAGCUUACCUGUGCAGAAGAAACAAAAAAAAAGUUGCUAAUUCCAACCGGUGUGAGGAGCAGCAACCGAGAGGAGCGCAAAGAGGAGGCAGAGAGGAGGUACCGGGGGAGGCGCUCCUGAAGAGAAAGGAGAAAGUCGCAGUUCGGUGUUCGCAGCAGCGGAGGAGCUCCAGCAGCAGCCCGAGCCGCCGCCGCCACCACCUCCUCCUCCUCUUCUUCCUCUUCAUGUACAUUAUUACAAACAGGGAGAUCCAAUCAAGCACGUAUCUCGUCGAUUCCCACGCGCACGCGCACACGGUGAGUGAGUGACUUGGCCUCAGCGGAUUUUUCAGAGCGGACAAAAUAACGGCGCCUCCUCCUCCUCCUCCUCCUCCUCCUCCCGGCGAAGGAACAGUUUUCUGCCUGGAUGUUUGUUUCCGCUCUGAAGAAGUGCGCGUGAUCACCGGGAGGGACACGGAGAGCUCGCGGAUGGCGCGGCAGAGUAUCAGCCCGUAAACUCGCCUGUUGCAGCUUCGGACCCCAGCACCAAGACACAAAGCGUCCAUUUCUUCGCCGCAGAGCUCCUCUUCCUCCUCCCGGAGCGGCGCGCCGAGGCACGGCCAGCCGAGCGGGGAGUCCCGCGGGAUCCUCCCUCUCUCUCCUUCUUUUAAAAUCAUCUUUUUACCAGUUUUUGUUCGAAAACUGCCCCCCUCCUCACGCACCCACUCCGCUCUAUGUGGGAGCCCUGAGAGCACCCGGGGGGACUGUGUUUCGGAGCUCCGUGGAGUCCCCGGGCACCCUCGGAUCACAGCGACCACAGAGCGACUCCCAUCCGGGCCCCGAAGUCAACAUGCCGCGGAGGAAGCAGCAAGCGCCGCGGCGCGCCGCAGCAUACGUCCCUGAAGAUGAGAAGGAAGCAGCUCUGUUGGAUGAAGACCUGGAUGGAGAAGACUCGGCUCAGGAAGGGGAAGAGCCUGCUGCCAAGCUCCUGUGUCCAGAUAAGGACUUCCUUCUCAAGGAGCGGCCAGGAUCCGCCAGCUUCCACGACUCCCCCAACGCUGCUGACUUAUCUGGUCAGGAGCUGGACAGUGAGUCCCACCUGAGUGAAUCCAGUGACAGAAUGUCUGACUUUGAAAGCUCCUCACUUAAAAAUGAGGAUGAUAUCCUCCACUCUAAAGACCCCUCCAAUGCCCUGUCACCAUCCUCCUCUUCUACCAUGAUGGCUGUCGCCAACGCCGCUGUCACUGCUGCUGGAGAAGAGGCUAUACUGGCCGCAUCAGGAUCUGUAGCUGACAGCCUGGAGAAGAUGAAGGCCAUUUACACCUCCUUUCUCACCAAUUCCUAUUGGUCCACUCUGAACCUGAACCUGAGUCAGCCCCCGGCAGAGAAACCCCCCCGGAGCCACAGCAGCAGCAGCAGCAGCAGCAGUAGUAGCAGCAGCUGUGGAAGUGGAGGCUAUGACUGGCACCAGACAGCCAUGGCUAAAACCCUCCAGCAGGUCUCUCAGAACCACCAUGGCAGAAUGGGGCUGGUUCAACACCCUACGGUGGCCGUGACCACGCCGCCGACAGAACCAAACCUCUUUAGUACGGUCCAGCUGUACCGGCAGAGCUCCAAGCUCUACGGCUCCAUAUUCACUGGUGCCAGCAAAUUCCGCUGUAAGGAUUGCAGUGCGGCAUACGACACGCUGGUGGAGCUCACAGUGCACAUGAAUGAGACAGGCCACUACCGCGACGAUAACCACGAGACAGAUGGCGAGGGAGCUAAACGGUGGUCAAAACCCAGAAAACGGUCUUUGCUAGAGAUGGAGGGGAAAGAGGACGCACAGAAGGUUCUGAAGUGCAUGUACUGCGGACACUCAUUUGAAUCCCUUCAGGACCUGAGCGUCCACAUGAUCAAGACGAAACACUACCAGAAAGUGCCUCUGAAAGAGCCUGUUACACCUGUGGCAGCUAAGAUUAUUUCUUCUGCUCGAAAGAGAGCCCCUCUUGAACUAGACAUCCCCAGCUCACCGGACUCUAAUGGAGGCACCACCCCGAAGCCCACCUCCCUCACUGACUCCAGUGAUAUACUCCAAAAGGUCACCAACCCUUACAUCACACCCAACAACCGCUAUGGACACCAAAACGGUGCCAGCUAUGCCUGGCAGUUUGAAUCCAGGAAGUCACAGAUCCUCAAAUGCAUGGAGUGUGGCAGCUCUCACGACACACUGCAAGAGCUCACGGCUCACAUGAUGGUGACAGGACACUUUAUCAAAGUCACCAACUCUGCUAUUAAGAAAGGAAAACCAAUUAUAGAGUCAUCCACCCCAGCACCAACAUCCAUGCAUUCAGCAGCUGAAGAAAAGGUGCAGUCUGUCCCCCUGGCUGCCACCACCUUCUCCCCUCCACCUGCCCCAGUACCUCCUCCAACCAGCAUCUCCCCCAUUCCUAUGGUUAUAGAGAUAAAGAAAGAGGCAAAGGAGGAGGAGUGCACUACAGAGUCCAUUCUGAAUAAUGGUAAUGAUAUGAGCAAGGAGAAGAAGGCUGGAGGUGAGGAGGAGGCUGAGGAAAAGUUUGAUAUUACUUCAAAAUAUAGCUAUCUGACUGAAGAGGAUCUGGAGGAAAGUCCAAAGGGGGGUCUUGAUAUCCUCAAGUCCUUGGAGAACACAGUGACCUCAGCCAUCAACAAGGCCCAGAAUGGAGCUCCCAGCUGGGGAGGAUAUCCCAGUAUCCAUGCUGCCUAUCAGCUCCCAAACAUCAUGAAGCUGUCUCUGGGUAACUCUGGAAAGAGCUCCCCACUUAAAUACAUGUUCCCUGGAGGGGAGAUCCUCUCUCCCACUGCCAAGAGCCAGCCGCUGAUCUCGCCUCCAAGCUGCCAGACCUCCCCACUACCUAAAAACAAUUUCCAUGCUAUGGAGGAACUUGUCAAGAAAGUGACAGAGAAGGUAGCUAAGGUGGAGGAGAAAAUGAGAGAGCCAGCAGUUGUUGUGAGGGGUUCUCCUCUGAGGCACACCACCCCUUCACCAUGCAACAGCGAGGCAGGGGAGACAGCCCGAGGACAGUCCCCCAAAGAAAACCAACCUGGAGGCUGUAAAACUCCUGAGAACACAAGUGCAGAAGAAGAAAAUGCAGCCAGUCACAGAGACGCAAAUGGAGACAUUUCCACAAAGGACUCGGUGGAGAAUGGCGUCGAGUCCACGGCUGUGACCUCUCCGCUGCCCACCGCUCUGUGUGGCAGCACGGCCAUCAUCACAGACCAUCCACCUCCAGAGCAGCCAUUUGUGAACCCUCUGAGCGCGCUGCAGUCCGUCAUGAACGUCCACCUGGGGAAAGCCGCCAAGCCCGCCCUGCCCUCCCUGGACCCCAUGAGCAUGCUGUUCAAGAUGAGCAACAGCCUGGCUGAGAAAGCAGCAGUGGCUGCUUCUACACCACCAGCACAGACCAAAAAGACCAGUAACGAGCAUUUAGAACGCUACUUCUACCAGCAGCAUCUAAAUAAUGACCAGCCGAUAGAUCUCACCAAAGGAAAAAAUGCUGACAAAAGCAGCAACUCUUUGGGGUCGACGUCUCUCUCUUCCACCACCUCCACCCCGUCCUCAGUAUCUCCCUCUUCCACCGUCAGCAUGACCAAAGCCUCAGCUGCAGUAGCUUCCUUCAUGUCCACAUCCCCCCUGAGAGAAAAUGCCCUCUCAGAUAUCUCAGACAUGCUGAGGAACCUCACAGAAAGUCAGGCUGUCUCCAAGUCCUCCACACCAACUAGCCAAUCUGAACGCUCUGACAUCGACGGCAUCACGCAGGAAGAGACCGAAGAUGUUUCACCUGCCCAGAAGCGUAAAGGUCGCCAGUCCAACUGGAACCCUCAGCAUCUCCUCAUCCUACAGGCCCAGUUUGCUUCUAGUCUGAGACAAACAAAUGAUGGCAAAUACAUGAUGUCGGACCUGAGCCCACAGGAAAGAAUGCACAUCUCCCGCUUCACUGGUCUUUCCAUGACAACCAUAUCCCACUGGCUGGCGAAUGUCAAGUAUCAGCUGAGGAGAACCGGUGGCACAAAGUUCUUGAAGAACUUGGAUUCUGGCCACCCGGUGUUUUUCUGCAGUGACUGCGCAUCUCAGAUUCGCUCACCAUCCACCUACGUCAGCCAUCUGGAGUCCCACCUGGGCUUUCGCCUGCGAGACCUGGCGAAGCUUUCUGGGGAGCAGCUGCUCAGCCAGAUAUCCCAGCAGCACCACCACCAACGCCAUCCCAAAGGACUUUCUGAGAAAUUGUUCUCCAACCUUCACCCAUCCAGCCACCCUUUACCGUCCUCACUCCCCACAUCCCUCCCGUCUUCCUUACCCAUCUCCCUGUCCUCAUCCUUGACCACAUCUCUGCCCUCCACCAAGUCACCGUCACCCUCUCCCGAGGAUGACGACAGUGGCGCCCUCUACCAGUGCAAGCUCUGCAAUCGGACAUUUGCGAGUAAGCACGCGGUUAAGCUUCACCUGAGCAAGACACAUGGGAAGUCCCCUGAGGACCACCUCAUGUAUGUGUGCGAGCUGGAGAAACAGUAGCACCGGCUCGCUUGUCGUCUCUUUGACAGACAUGAACUAAUGACGAAGGAUGACUGAAGUGUUGGGACUGCACAAAGAUCCAACUACUGCUCUGAGUUUCGGCACAUGGUUUUACACUUUGUGUUGUAGCAGUUUUUUUUAUUUUAUUAUGUACGAUGUAGACUGACUCUGGCCACCUUUGUGAUCUCUUUUCACACAAACUUUUUUUUUUUGUGU